AUGCGCUGCACAUUGAACUCUUUGGUGCUGGCCACCCUUGCAAUUGGCCAAGCAUAUGCUGCCACCGUUUCUGGGGUUCACUCUCACCUGCACAAUCAUCUCAAACGCAGGCACGACCAUGUCGAGAAACGUGAGGCUGCUCUGACCGACGCCGAUGCCGCAAAACUCACCGCCAUGGGUGUGACAUCGCUUGGUGCCAACUCGUACACCGCCAACGGACAAGCCUGGUUUGGACAAGAUGGCCCGUAUCAGAACGAAUUCGUCAACGACUCGGGUGAAGAUCUGAUUCUUGUCAUCUGGGGUGUUGCGGGUUCCUGGAUCAACGCCGUUCAACCGACCAUCACCGCCUCGCUCCCGGCCAACUCAUCCACCUGGGUUUCAUUUGCAGAUGGGGCUUCCGGCGCUUGGGCCGCUAUCUACGAGGAUACCCAGAUGGUAAAUGGACAGGCCAGCAACACCUGGGGCGAGUUCACUUUUGGCCAGUGGGGCGUUGUCGAUGUCUCACGAGAGGUCAACAUGAACGGACACCCAAUGAGCAUUGUAGGACCGUCCUGCACAACCGACAUGGACACCUGCGUCUUCGUCUGCGCUUCUGGAGACGUAUGCAUGUACGGCUACCAGCUCGUCAACUGCGAAAAUGGAUCUCAACCUGGCGCCAACUAUGGUACUUUUGAAGGCUCGCCUAGUGGUGGCUGCGGUGGCAUGGGAUCCAGUGCUACGCUGAAGACAACUUUCUCCUAA